GUAAUGUUCACUAAUUUGUGGACAUAUCUGACGGGACCAAAAGUAUUAAAUUGAAUCCAGACAUGCCGCUACUUUCUGAUACAUGACUCAUGUAUUCGAAGAAAAGUUGAGUAAGAUACACAAAUGAAGAACUCCUAGAUAGUCCAUGAAUUCCCUACCCAAGCAGUAUUAUUCUUUCAGUCAGUGCUAGGAUGCAUCCAUCCACAACAGUUCUACCAUCUACACUAUAUUGUCGCCUACCUUUCAAAUAUUUCUGCGAAAUGUCUAGUUUGACGUCAAACGUUUGUGCCACAGUAUGUAUUGUGUUUCUAAGUGGUGUCUUUUUCAGAUAAGAAAGCAUAUACCAUUAAUUAAAUUCCGGAGUCAGCUGAAAAAUGCCAUAGGAAAAUCAGUUGAUACCAAUGUUCAUGCAAGUACAUCAACAUUUGUUGUGAAAUCCUCUGUACCACGUGAGGCGGCUGUAGAACUGUCUGCAAUUAAUCCGAAGUUCAGAAGGAAAAUGAUGACAGAGGAAGAGGUAGCAUUCUAUGAGAGAGGAUUUUUCUGUGAUUGAUUUAGUGUUUCAUUGUAGUUAGUUUGUAAUUUUAGACAAUAAAGUUUCGAGUUCUAG